GCAUUUCUGCAUUCGAAGAAGAAACUGAGAGAAACCUGACGCAGGGAGCAUGGGUAUCUGGACCUCAGGCACUGAUAUCUUCCUAAGUCUUUGGGAGAUUUACAUGUCUCCAAGAAGCCCCAGAUGGAUGGACUUUAUCCAGCAUUUGGGAGUUUGCUGUUUGGUUGCUCUUAUUUCAGUGGGCCUCCUGUCUGUGGCCUUCUGCUGGUUUCUGUCAUCAAUCAUAGCGGCCGCUGCCUCCUGGAUUAUCACGUGUGUUCUGCUGUGUUGCUGCAAGCAUGCACGAUGUUUUAUUCUUCUUGUCUUUCUCUCUUGUGGCCUGCGUGAAGGCAGGAAUGCUUUGAUUGCAGCUGGCACAGGGAUCGUCAUCUUGGGACACGUAGAAAAUAUUUUUCACAACUUUAAAGGUCUCCUAGAUGGUAUGACUUGCAACCUAAGGGCAAAGAGCUUUUCCAUACAUUUUCCACUUUUGAAAAAAUAUAUUGAGGCAAUUCAGUGGAUUUACGGCCUUGCCACUCCACUAAGUGUAUUUGAUGACCUUGUUUCUUGGAACCAGACCCUGGCAGUCUCUCUUUUCAGUCCCAGCCAUGUCCUAGAGGCACAGCUAAAUGACAGCAAAGGGGAAGUCCUGAGCGUCUUGUACCAGAUGGCAACAACGACAGAGGUGUUGUCCUCCCUGGGUCAGAAGCUACUUGCCUUUGCAGGGCUUUCGCUUGUCCUGCUUGGCACCGGCCUCUUCAUGAAGCGAUUUUUGGGCCCUUGUGGUUGGAAGUAUGAAAACAUCUACAUCACCAGACAAUUUGUUCAGUUUGAUGAAAGGGAGAGACAUCAACAAAGGCCCUGUGUGCUCCCGCUGAAUAAGGAGGAAAGGAGGAAAUAUGUCAUCAUCCCAACUUUCUGGCCGACUCCUAAAGAAAGGAAAAACCUGGGGCUGUUUUUCCUCCCCAUACUUAUCCAUCUCUGCAUCUGGGUGCUGUUUGCAGCUGUAGAUUAUCUGCUGUAUCGGCUCAUUUUCUCAGUGAGCAAACAGUUUCAAAGCUUGCCAGGGUUUGAGGUUCACUUGAAACUGCACGGAGAGAAACAAGGAACUCAAGAUAUUAUCCAUGAUUCUUCCUUUAAUAUAUCUGUGUUUGAACCCAACUGUAUCCCAAAACCAAAAUUCCUUCUAUCUGAGACCUGGGUUCCUCUCAGUGUUAUUCUUUUGAUAUUAGUGAUGCUGGGACUGUUGUCCUCUAUCCUUAUGCAACUUAAAAUCCUGGUGUCAGCAUCCUUCUACCCCAGCGUGGAGAGGAAGCGCAUCCAAUACCUGCAUGCAAAGCUGCUUAAAAAAAGAUCAAAGCAGCCGCUGGGAGAAGUCAAAAGACGGCUGAGUCUCUAUCUUACAAAGAUUCAUUUCUGGCUUCCAGUCCUGAAAAUGAUUAGGAAGAAGCAAAUGGACAUGGCAAGUGCACACAAGCCAUGAGAGACCCCGACUACUCCUCAGCCACAUCGCACCAACAAUUCUCCUCAGGUCUAUGAUGGCAGUCACUAUUCAUGCCGGAUAAUAGAGAACUAUGUGACGCAGUCCUCUCGGGAGUCUGAGUUUACAGAGCCAACUUGCAGCACCUGGUUAUGCCUCCUUUCAUCUCAAAGCCAAAGAGCUGCCAGGUAAAUGGUUAUGUGGUCUAUCUUCCAAACAAACCACAUGAUCUUGCCUGUGUCACAAUGUAACAAGACUGUAGCUGGGUCCCCUGGUGAUGAGUUUCAGCAUAGAAUAAUGUUCAAGGAAAAGAAAACCAAAACAGUUGAAAUCUCUACCACAGCCUCACAAGCAAAUGCUAAGGGGAACAUACAUGUAAAAAGCCAGCAAACUAUCUUCAAACUCUUCCGUCCUUAAUGUCUUCCACGGCUAUUGCCCCCACAAUGGUCUCUUUUCUCCCUGCUCCCUUAUUAAAGAACUCUUUCUGAAACCCAGUCCUAGCAGCUCCUCAU